AACUUGGCAAAGCACGUCGCGCAUCGUGCACAUCUCCCCCUCUCGGCGACAAGUCUUUCUGUUGUGUCACGUGACUCUGUACCAAGCCUCCAUUUUAGAACGAAGGCGGUUCAUCUUGCUCGUCAGGCGAGGAUCGAGAAAGCUAUCAAAAUCAAAGUUCUUCUAUCAUAUUGAAAGGCUAUUCAUGAAAAUCUUCAAGUCCAGUGUGGUUUACGCGGUUUGUAGGGACUGAGGUAUGACAAAAAUUCUUUGGCGUCAUAGGAAAUGACGAUGUUUCACUGACACUGGCAACAGUACACCCAACCAAAUACACAGUAUGGCGUACGGCUUAGACGACAUAGAUUUGGCUUCUUUAAAGGAGCCUGCAGGUAUCUUCGAUCUAAUUGAGGUUGUUGGCAAUGGAACAUAUGGACAGGUCCACAAGGGCAGGCAUAAAAGAACAGGUCAACUUGCAGCAAUUAAAAUCAUGGAUGUCACUGAGGAUGAAGAGGAAGAAAUCAAGCUUGAAAUAAAUGUCCUUAAAAAGUUCUCUAAUCAUCGUAAUAUUGCUACAUAUUAUGGUGCUUUUAUUAAAAAAAGUCUUCAAGGACAAGAUGAUCAACUGUGGCUUGUCAUGGAGUUCUGUGGUGCUGGGUCUGUAACUGACUUAGUGAAAACUGCCAGACACAAGACAUUAAAGGAAGAAUGGAUAUCAUACAUUUGUAGAGAAGUACUUAAUGGAGUCAGUCAUCUUCAUCUCAACCAUGUCAUUCACAGAGACAUWAAAGGACAGAAUGUCCUUCUGACAGACAGUGCAGAGGUUAAGCUAGUUGAUUUUGGUGUUAGUGCUCAGCUUGACAGAACUAUUGGAAGAAGAAAYACAUUCAUUGGCACCCCAUACUGGAUGGCUCCAGAAGUAAUAGCUUGUGAUGAACAGCCUGAUGCCACUUAUGAUAACAGAUGUGACAUGUGGUCUAUUGGUAUAACAGCAAUUGAAAUGGCAGAAUCACAGCCACCACUCUGUGAUAUGCAUCCCAUGAGAGCACUUUUCUUAAUCCCAAGAAGUGACCCACCAAGACUCAAGUCCAAAAAGUCUUGGUCUAAAAGAUUUCACAACUUUGUUAAUACCUGCUUAAUAAAAGAUUAYCAAUUCCGUCCGACUGCUGACCAGCUCCUGCAGCAUGAGUUUAUCAGAGACCCCAGGUCAAAYGAACGAAAAAUAAGAAUAGAAUUAAAAGAUUUUGUUGACAGAAUGAGGAAAAAGAAAGGUGGCUUUACAGAACAUGAUGGCCCUGAAUAUCAGUUCUCUGGUAGUGAUGAUGAAGAUGAACAACUCUUAGCAGAGCUUAUUGCAGAGGACAUGGGUCUUGACAAUGCACGUUCAACAUUGAGAAGAAAUUUAACCCUAAUGCAAGGAGGUACAUAUAAAGGUAAUCACGUCCAAGAACCUCGCAGAAACAGCAGUACCAGUAGUCCAGAAAGAAGACAAGGACCAUUUAAUUAUCCAGGGACAGGAGUUUAUGAUAAUGAAAUGCAUCCRAACUACAAUUUAGAAGCAAGUCAGGAAAGUUUUGCCAUGGGGCAUAUGGAUUCCCCACAGUACAACAGACCAGGGUCAUCAUCUAUUGAUGGCAUUGAUGAAAGAACCUUAACAAGACAUGAAAGUGUUCACCAAGAUGAACCUGAUGACUACAAUACCCUUGUUUUGAGAGAUGAAGAUGAUGAUUCAGAGUCAAGCUCAUCAACAGCCAGCCUUUCAGACACAGGAAGCCCAACAAGGGGUAGUAAUCURCCAGAUGUUCUUCCUGCCACAAAUCAACCAUUACAUUCCCAAUCACCACCACCUUCACGUUCUCCAGACCAGCAGUCCUCAGAUGAGUCCAUUGCAUCAUCAUUCGUUGUACAUGAUCCACCRGUAGAAAAAAAGAUUGUAAAACAAAGAAGUUUUGGUUUUGGCCGUUCUUCACAGGCACCUUCACAAGUAUCUGUAAACCUUGAUCCUGAGAGAACCUCCAUAGCAAGCCAAGAAGACUUUGCUAUGCCACAAAUAAGGAAAUACAAAUACAAAUUUAGRACAGAAGUAUUGUGUGGAGCAUUAUGGGGUGUCAAUCUUCUAAUUGGAACUGAGAAUGGUCUGUACCUACUUGACAGAAGUGGAAAUGGAAAAGUAUUCCAGAUGAUUUCCAGGAGAAGAUUCCAGCAAAUUGAUGUACUGGAGGGSAUCAAUGUUCUUAUUACUAUUAGUGGAAAGCGAAACAAGCUAAGGGUUUAUUAUUUGUCUUGGCUGAAGGCUAAGAUUCUCAAAGGAGAAGAGUCUAAUAAUCACCGUGGUCAACGUGGUUACACCAUUGUAGGAGACUUGGAAGGAAUUAUUCAUUAUAAAGUUGUAAACUUCCAUCGUAUAAAGUUUCUAGCUUUUGCUACGCAGUCGAGUAUUGAAGUAUAUGCAUGGGCGCCCAAACCUUACCAUAAGUUUAUGGCUUUUAAGUCAUUCCCUGGUUUAAAGCAUCAACCCCUCAAGCUCAACAUGACAAUUGAGAAAGAAAACAGUAAACUAAAAGUGUGUUAUGCAUCAGCAAUAGGAUUUCAUGCUGUUGAUUUGGACUCGGCUACUGUCAUCGAUCUCUACAUACCGACUAAGCUGCAGGAAAGGUUUUAUCCGCAUGCAAUAGUUACCCUUCCAGAUUCUGGAGGAAAAGAACUGUUACUCUGCUAUAACACUGAGGGCGUGUAUGUUGAUACAGAUGGUCAAUUGGUGAGACAUGCCGCAAUGCAGUGGGGUGAAACACCGUAUGCCAUAGCAAGUAUCGGUUGUGGUCAAAUCAUGGGAUGGGGAGAGAAGGCCAUCGAAGUGCGUUCCGUUGAAACAGGUCAUCUUGAUGGUGUUUUUAUGCAUAAAAGAGCUCAGACGUUUCGAUUUCUUUGCGAAAGAAAUGAAAAGGUAUUCUUUGCUUCGCGGUCUACCUCUAGUGGUCAGAUCUACUUCUUAACUCUUAGCAAGUCUUUUAAGAAUUUCGGCUACUGAUGACCUUAAGAAUAUGCGGMAAACCUGAUGUCUUAUUUAUUAGAAAACUAUCAGAGGUCUUAAAAACUCUGCUAACUAUUUGCUGGUGAAUCUGAUGAUUUGGGGGAACUUGCGCCGCGGAGAACUGAAGAAUGUUCGUAGUUGUUGUACAAGGGUUUAGUUGCUUAAAAAAAGCAGAUGAGCUGAGUUUUUUUAAAUUGUUUUUCGAGUUGCGUUUUGGGUUUCGACUUGUUAUUGGGUACAACCGCUGGAGCACGGGAAAACGUUUUUCAGUGRAGUUUCUGAUAGAUUUUCUGCGUUGUUUGAGCCAAUUGCUACGAUCAAUGGCAAAAUGCAAAAAAAAAAAAAAAUUGUGGACAUAUCGACAUUUACUAAAGAAAAUCGAUAUGAAACUUACCGUGCCCCGACUGGUUGCUCGGACAGAUGUCUAUACCUUAUUCUCAGUCCUUUAACCCAUGGCGCAAGUUCGUAAAUGCUGUUUACAAUAAAAAGUAUACAUAUCAAAUUCGAAAUCAUACCUGAAAAAAUGUUUUGUUAUUCAAGAGACGAAGUCUAUGGAUAUAAUCACAMAAAAAAAACAUUCUCUGUGUUAGUGUUGUUCAGUGAAUUUCUUUUGGAAUAUCCAUGCUUCGGAUCUGAAUUGGUCAUAGACUAUGGUUGGAUGGCUUUGAAGGAGAAAUUUCUAGACUUGGAUAAGAUUAUAUGYCCACUGUUAGGUGAUGUUUCUGAAUAAUCGCAAAACAGGUGUGUAGUCGCCUGUUGUAAUGGUCUUCUUCCAUAACGUAACAUUUCGCCAACGCUGUUUAGCCAGUUAGUAACGUUUCGGUAAUCAUCUGGGAGCCCAUGAAUGGUGUCCGACUAGAAAGGUGACUGGUAUCGAAAAUGGAUCCGCUGCACAGGAUAGUAAAAUUAAAUAGUCAUGGCUUAUAUUAGAUGCUAGUGUUAGAUGAUAAUGAUUAUAGUAUAUUGUUGUUAGAAUUACUUGUGACGUAUAUGAUAGCUCAAAGUCACAUAUGGAAUCGAUAGAAAUGCUAAGCUGAAUUACACGCAAGUUUUUAUGGCUAUUUAUUUCUUAGAAUUGUAUAUAAAUACACUAUGGAGUUUUUUAAUUAAAACGCUAAAUUAAGA